AUGAGUUCUCAGCCAAUUGCCCUUGAUAAUUGCCACAAAAUAUUCGUUGAAAGAGAUUACUCAUCAGGUUUGGAUGUGCGUUUCCAGAGGAGUUUUCCCUCAACGUUAGAUGGAGUCGUAAGUUUACAACGUUCUUUUUGUAUUUUAAUGUUUAGAUUGACGAAAACAGCUGGUUCUACAUGAUAGACAAUAUCAACUCGAUGUUCAAGAAAGCAGAAUCCGUAUGUUUUUUUGCUGAUCCCUUUGAAUAAAAUUCUUUUAGGUAGAGCUUUUCCUGGCCUUUUUUGAUCAAGAGUUUUUUUGCCAUUACUUUUUACAAGCAACUAUUAAAAUUGGGUCUCAUCUUAUCUUAUUCAUGAGAAGAGAUAACUUUGUUGCCUAAUAAUCGAUUCUUUUACCCUACACUCAUCAUUUCCAGGUCAACAUGGGAGCUAUUGGAGAGACUCUAGUCAGCUUUUUUACUUGUUAUCUAGUCCGAUUGUGCACUACGACCAGAUAUGAGAAGCAAUUACAGAUGAUAAGGAAGUUUAUCAACGAACAGAACAAGAACAUCUUUCUGCCAGCCGGAUUAUGCAUUACCGAUCCCAUAGAACGGGGACUUCGAGUGCUAGAGAUCACAGUCCUAUCAUCCGGCGGAGGUGUUCAGUCGCCGACUCGUGAUUUACAUCUCAACCAUCGUUAA